AUGUAGAGUGCAUAAAAACUUACAUAAUAAAAUUAAGAUGCUUUCUCUUAAUUCUUUGAUAAAUAUAUAUCGUCUUCCAGCAAACUAUAAACACACAGUGUCAGAGAGCUUGCCCAAAAACUAGCGAUUUAAUAUUUUAGUGGUCAGAUUCCUCCUAGAUUUUAAACAGAGAACAAUAUGAGAAAGAAAAAUAGAAAAAUAGUUUACAAAUAAAUUGAAACAGACGCAAUUGAGAAAGCCAAAGCCCAAUUUAAAGCCAAGAAGGAGAGAAAGGAAUCGCAAUUAAGAAAGUUACCUCCAGUUCCAAAAAAGCAGGAUACUCAAGAGAGAAGUUUAUCGAUGUAACCUCCUCUAAAAUGUUUAUCUGCCCAACCUAAAAGGUCUAUGCCAUCCACACAUUUCUAUUACAUAGGAGAAGGGAAUAAUCAUGAGUUAAUUAAAAAGUUACUGGAUGAGAGAUAAAAUUGGGUUUAAGUGAAAGAUGCUACUCUGAAAAACAUUAAUUUUAAAUGGCAAGAAACUGAAAAAGGAUACGAAUAUCGUACUUUGGCAGGGAAUUUAAAGGAUUCUAAACCACAAAUGCUUAAUCAUUUUGAGUUUCAUGCUGAAAUUUCAAAUAAAUACCACUUAGCAUUAAAUUUUAAGACUUUUUGUGAUAAAAGCUAAUUAAACGUGUAAGAUUACAUUCCAAUAAGUUUUGCCAUCGAAUGUACCAACUAAAAUUUGAAGGCUGGCCUAUUUAAUUUUUUAACUUUUUAUAGAUCUUAGUGUCCUUAACAUCAAUUAUAAGAGUUAGAUAAAACAAUAAAGUCUUAUUAAUUUAAGUACGGGACUUAAUUAGAAACUAAAGGUGAUUAAUACCCCACUCUAUUUGCUGGAGAGAAUCUGUGGAUUUUCAAACCAGCAAAUAUGAAUUAAGGAAGAGGAAUUCAUGUUGUCAGAAACCUACAAGAAAUAAUCGACAUCUAUAAUAGAUAUUAGAAUGGGUACAAGGAACAUCUAUUGGAAGUAAAGAGAAAUGAGAAUAACGAAAUAGUAACGAAGAUCAUCUACAUAAAUACAUUGAUGACGGAGUAAUUUGUGAUUCAGAAAUACAUUGAGAAACCCUUAUUGAUAAAGGGAAGAAAGUUUGAUAUUCGGACUUACGUGAUGAUAACAUCGAAUUUAGGAUUCUUCUUUUUUAGAGAAGGGUAACUGAGAUUGGCUACUGAAACAUUCGAUGCUAAGUAGCAAUCUAAUUAUGUCCAUUUGACUAACAAUGCUGUUCAGUAUUCACAUCCUCAGUACGGCAAGACUGAAGAGGGUAACCAAUACAAUUUUGAUCAGGCUUCGUAAUACUUUAAGAUGGAUUUUCGAAAAGAGGUGAUUCAAAAGUUGAAGUAGGUUUCUCUUGUGGCUUUUUAAAGUGUGAAGGGGAAGCUUAAUAAAUACAAACGGAAGAACUGUUUUGAGAUCUAUGGGAUGGAUUUCAUUUUGGACUCGGAUUUCAAACCAUGGCUGAUUGAGGUGAAUACAAAUCCUAGUUUAGAAGUCACUAGUAAAUUGUUGGGGAGUCUGUUCCCAAGGUUGAUAGAUGAUGCAUUUAAAUUGACAGUUGAUAGACUAUUCCAUCAAUAAAAGACAGCCUCCAAGUAUCCAUUUCUUAAUUAUUCAAAUGAGGAGAAUCUAUGGGAAUAUGUUAAUUAACUUUGA